AUGAACGCGGGGGACAGGGCGCCAAAAGCGUGUGACAAGGACGAGAAAAAGAGCGGAUGUGAUGUUUGCGGGCGCUGCAAGAGCUGUCAGUCUCGGGAGGGAAUGGAAAACCGAGUAGCGGCAGCUCGGAUUGCGGCCACGAUUUCGGAUGCACGGUUUUGGGACCGGGCGGGGAACCUCGUUGCCGAGAGCCUGCGGGAGCAGGACGCGCUGCUCGACGCAUUUCGAAAUGAUCUUAAGUGGCUACACGUCGAUGGGAAAGGGGAACUUGAAUCUUUCACCCAGGGCGCUCCGGAGGAGCACGAGCGCGCGGGAGAUGGUGCGGGGCGGAUCACGAGUGUGAUGAGUGUGCGGGCGUGGGAUUGGACGGCAUUGCCAUCACUGCAGGGGGGAUCCAAGGUGUUCGGAGGGGCCGCUCCGCAGGGUGCCAGCCCCGAAUCGCGGCUUCCAGGGGCCACAGCGGGCGUGGAGGGGUGCCUCCCAACUGCGGCUGCGGAAAGGGGAUGCAAGACCGAAGGGUGCGUGCGGAGUGAUCAGGCCGCCGUCAGCGCCGGGGAAGCUUCAGUGACAACUCGGGCUGUAGGGUUUCAUUGGCCUUCACGCCUUUCCAAGGCGUAG